AUGUUGGGAUAUCAUAUGCAAGGUUACAGCGGAUAUGGAGUCCAAUAUUCUCCGUACUUUGAUAAUCGAUUGGCAGUUGCAUCAGGAUCAAAUUUUGGAUUAGUUGGUAAUGGUAAAUUAUUUAUACUAGAUAUCGAUCCACAAGGCAGGAUAUUAGAAUUCAAUUCAUUUUUAACCCAGGAUUGUCUAUUCGACGUAGCAUGGAAUGAGGCACAUGAAAAUCAGGUACUCGUGGCUCAAGGCGAUGGUACAUUACGUCUUUUUGAUACGAAAUUGAAGCAAUAUCCAAUUGCCAUCUUUAACGAGCAUCAAAAGGAAGUAUUCAGUUGUAAUUGGAAUUUAGUCGGUAAGCAGAAUUUUGUAAGCAGUUCAUGGGAUGGUGCUGUCAAAAUAUGGUCACCUCAGAGGAAAGAGAGUCUUUUAACAGUGGUCCCCAGGCCCAUGGAUGUCUCCACAAUGGCAUGUGCAGGUCCACAAGUGCCGAUGUCAAACCAAAAAGGGCAUGCAGAUAUCGCCAAAAAUAAGAAUUGCAUAUACCAAGCACUCUUCUCACCUCAUGAUCCUAACUUAGUGAUGUGUUGUUCAGGUAAUUCAUAUGUGACGUUAUUCGAUUCAAGGCAGCCACCAACACCUGCAAACCAAAAAUCAUUCUUAGCACAUUCUGGACUAGAAGCACUAACUUGCGAUUUUAACAAAUACAGACCUCAUAGCUUGGUUACGGGUGGUGUAGAUAAUUGCAUAAGAAUUUGGGACCUAAGAAUGGUGGGACCUUCAGCGGCAUCUCGUGCUAAUGCAUCGCCAGCGGUAUGUACGAAUGAAAUUGUUGGGGGCCAUGAACUAGCGGUAAGGAAAGUCUCAUGGUCACCUCAUCAUUCAAACAUUUUACUGAGUACCUCCUACGAUAUGACAUGUUGCAUUUGGCAGGAUCUUGGAUUCGACGGUAGAAGAUCUACUGGUAGAACUAACAGCGUGGAUCCAAGAAGAGGUUGUAGAUCAAGAUUUGCUCAACAUACCGAAUUCGUGUAUUCUGCAGAUUGGUGCCUCUGGGGUCAACCAGGUCACAUUGCAUCCACUGCAUGGGAUGGUAACGUCUUCAUAUGGAAUGCAUUUCGUUAA